GUGUUGUCAGUGUGUCUGUAGUUUAAAUAAAGUUCGGCGCUUUUGAAGGCAACAUGGCGGCCACAGCAGCAGGGUGUCAGCACUAUGUCCGCAAAUGUUUGUUAAAAGCUCCCUGCUGUGAGAAGUUUUACGUGUGUCAUCUCUGCCAUGAUGAUGAGGAGAACCACAAACUGGACCGGUUUCAGGUCAGAGAGGUGAAAUGCGCCGUGUGUGAUGCUGUCCAACAGGCUCAGCAGGCGUGUCGGCGGUGUGGAGUGACGUUCAGCGAGUAUUACUGCGAUAUCUGUCACCUCUACGAUAAAAACAAGAAGCAGUUCCACUGUCAGCCGUGUGGCAUCUGCAGGAUCGGCCCGAGAGAGAAGUUCUUCCACUGUGAGAAGUGUAAUUUGUGUUUAGCCAACGAUCUUCUGGGCAAACACAAGUGUCUGGAGAACGUGUCAAGGCAGGACUGCCCUGUGUGCAUGGAGGAUAUUCACACGUCCAGGAUCGGCGCUCACGUCAUGCCCUGCGGUCACCUGCUGCACAAGACAUGCUUCGAGCUAAUGUGCAGAAACGGUGAGUAUCGGUGUCCUCUCUGCAUGCGCUCAGCGUUAAACAUGGAGGAGUACUGGGAGGAGAGAGAUGUAGAGAUCGCUCAGUCGCCCAUGCCACCCGAGUUCAACAGUCGGAAAGUAAAGCGUCAGUGCAACCCAGCCCUGUCUCAAGCUGUAAUGGAAUAUCGAGAUCCUGUGUAACGACUGUCAGAACCGCUGUACUGUAGAUUUCCACAUUUUGGGGAUGAAGUGCAGCAGCUGUGGCUCCUAUAACACCUCGCAGGAUUGAAUCCGCUUCUGAUCAACAAGAAACCGAGCCUAAAAUACAUCAGUUCCACUCCUCUCAUCUUUUCCUCCAACUUCUCAUCUUCUGUUCCCUUCUUUCUACCUCCUCUCUCUGUCUUUCAAACAGCUCCAUCAUUAACCAAACUGAAACAUCAUCCUGCUCAGCCUAAGACUGAGACCUACACAUUUUGAUGUCAGUGCUCUGUUUUAUAUCGUUAUUUCUUCACAGACUGUAUUUAUUUUUUCUUAUUUUUAUUUUUUUUUUGUGAAAGAUGUGCAAGCAUUGAUGCUUUGGGACAAUGGCUCAUCAAAACUUCUUUUCUGUAUUUUAUUUCUGAGCCUGGGUUUCUCAUCCAGCUCUAUUGUUCUCGCGCUGUAGUAGAUGAUGCGAUGUUACUUCCUCUGCCUCAGAAUGCAAAACAGCGUCAUGUUGCAGUCACGAUGGCGCAAAUUUCACUGGCUAAUAAUAUUACAGUAUGUGCUGUGUAUAAAUUGUGUGGAAUUAAAUCUGAGAAAUGUUGA